GCAGCAGCAAGCCGGGCACCGCGUCUAGUCGCUGCCUUGUGCCUCGCCGGCUUGUGGCUGGACCGGACCCCAACAGGGCAUUUGUUUUCCUCCUGGCCGGAGACGUCGGCUAGUUCGAGAAAGCAUCUGCGAUGUCUCAGAAAAACAAGCUCAACUUCGUGGCUGAAGCUCAGAUCUGGAAGACUCACAUUGAAACAGAGCGUGAAGCUGCCCGAAAAUGGCCCAAGCGCUGGGGAUUUCUGUUGACCCCACUUGAAGAGUUGGUAAAAGAUGAAAAGAAACAACUUGCUAAGCCGAAGAUCCCGCUUCCAGAACACUUACAGAUCCGACCUGUGACACCAGUGGAAAAAUAUAUUAAGAUUGUUCCAUCUCCACCUGUUCCACAAACAACCCAAGGGUUUAUCGGCUGGAGGUCUUCAGUUCCAGGCUUAGAACUUGAGCGUUAUUAUCAGAUCAGAAGCUGCAAAGGUGCCUUUUACAAGGACUUGAAAUGGCCAAAUGAACCAACCGACUGACUUCAACCAUGUUGUGUAUUUUACUGCAGCAAUGAUGACAUCCUUCAAAAUCCACAUUUGAAAAUAACUUCAUUGGGCCCAGCGGCAGUCAGAAAGCUGCAUACACCCUUGAAUUCUUCAGAGGAUGAACAAAAACCAAAGAAAAAGUGACUGCUUUUCAAGGAAUGGAUUUUUGCACUUGAAGAUGUCUUCAUGAGACAAAGCAGAAGUAUGCUAUAGCCAUCCAACUAUAGCAUCUAAGAUGCUGAGACAGCCACCUGCAAGGAAUUGUCCAAAAUAUACCCCAAUGAGGCGUCCCACUUUUUGGAAAGAUAAAAUUCAGGACUUCUACUCAUUCCUAGAUAAAACUAUUUUUCUUACUAAAUGAAAAACCUCAGUAGAAAAGAAACUAAGCUGUUGUACAAAGCCAAACUGACGAUUGUAGAGUCUUUGAAGCCAACUUCUCCUUCUCAACGGCCUACUUUGUUCUCCUCAAACGUGACAAGUGAACGUUCUUCUGAAAGACAGUUCUCUGUGCCAUGUCUGAAAGGAGAUCCAAAUUCUUCACUUUGUUUUAGUUACCUGCCCCCCCCCAUCAUCAACAGUCUAGACAUUAAAAAAAAGUGACUUCCUUUUUCCUCAAUCUGUAAAAUAUUCAAUAAGCAAUAAAUGUUUCGAUAAUAACUCCGACAUCUGUCAAGAACAUGUUGCAAACUACCACAAUUAGAAAGCAGUAUUUUUG